GUAUUCCUGGCAAGUGAGAACGGUUGAAAUAAUGAAGCGGUCAUCGGAUUUCACUCCAACCACGACACCUUCAAAAAUAGCCACGUGGACUCUACACGGCGAUGUAACUCCAGAACGGAAGAGAGGACCACCCAUACUACUGAAAGCCAGUCCAACAAAACAGAUUCAGAAAAGAAGUGCCUACUCUCGAGAGUUUAUCAAAACAUACGUGUUCUUCGAUCUGGAAUGUACUGGACUUAUAAAAAAUGAAGAUACACGAAAUUUGCACGCACGAGCAUUCAAUAAAGCUGAAGAACAUUAUAAUGUGCUGAAUAAUCUUUGCAUUGAAACACGAAAAGAUGAGCUUCCUUACAUCACUGAAAUGAGUUUUAUGGCGAUAUCGAGUGAAAAAUUUGAUGAAUUGAAAGCCGAGCGUCAGAAGGAUAUUACGUGGAAUAUUGAAAAUCCUGGAUCAGAAAAACCAUUAGCAAAGUUUAUUCCUACUUGUACACACACGAGGCAGAUUAAUCCAACGAUGAUGAGUGAAACAGAAUGGAAUUCUUAUGAAAGAUUCCGAUUGGCUGGAGGAAAAGGUAUAAUUGUUCAUUCAAAAAAGGAAUGCCAACGGAAUAACACAUUUAAAGAAGAAUGGCCCGGCGUGAUUCAAUUCUUUAAUAGUUUACAGAAACCAGCACUUUUGAUUGCCCAUAACGCUAUCAAAUAUGAUCUACGCGUCAUCUACGGAGAGCUGCAGCGAAACGAAGUGCUCGAAGAGUUUGGAAUUCCUCAGGAUAUCUACUUUAUUGACAGUUAUUGGAUGGCGAGAGAAAUCGAGGAUACGAUAGUCAAAGAACUUGCAACGGUCUGCAAAUAUAUCAAGUUUCCGAAAGUAAAAAUCGAAGAAGUUGACGAAUCGGAGCGUGUCGUAAUAGAUGAUUCCGUCGAAGAAAUAGUUCAAAAUGAUGAACCAAAGGAAACGGAUCAUCCUGCGAAUAUUCUGGAUUGGGAGAAAUUUUCGGCUUCCCUCAAAAAACGAAUUCGAAGAGAUGGAUUUGUGAGAACUGGAGCUGGGAGUUGGACAUACAAGCAUACCAACAACAAGUUCAGCUUGCCAGUUCUGUACGAAGAUCUCGUUGGUGGAAAAUAUACUGCUCACUACGCUCAACAAGAUACCGAAGCUCUGAUGCAUGUUUGCCUUAGUUACGGAAAUGAUUUCACUCGAUAUGCCAAUAAUUCGGCUUCUGCUUUACCAUUUUAACCUUCCUUAUUAAGUAUUUUUCCUCGUUUUCACUUUUCAGAUCCUCACAUUCACUUGUACUUGCACCUCCUAAUAUCAAUAUUUUUUUCUGUAUCCACCUUAAUGAAUUGAAAAUAAUACAAAGUUCAUACUCGC